UUCUCACUCCACUCCACUCUUUCCCCUCCCCGACCCCCACUCCCCUCCGCCGGCGAUAGCCAGGGCGGCUGCUCCUCCGCCGCCGGCGCGGGCGCCGCGGGGCUCCUUCCCACUGCUGGCCGGCGGGGCUCAAUCCCACCCAAGGUUUUGGUUCUGCGCGCGCCGCCAUGGACAUGAACGAUGACAUCCUGGGCCUCGUCCUCGAGCGGGUGAGCUCGCACGUCGCGCUCAUCCGCGCCGCGGCCGUGUGCAGGCGGUGGCGCCGCGCCAUCGCCGACGCCGCCUUCCUCCGCCGCUACCGCUCCCUCCACGCGCCCACCGCCGCCGGGUACUACCACAACUGCUACCCCCCGAUCCGCUUCCACAGGGGUUCGGGUGGCCCGGCGUUUGUCCCUUCGUCGCCGCGGAUGGUGGAUGCCCGCCGCUUCUCCCUCGAUUUCCUCCCGGGCGGCGCGUGGUCUUGGGAUAUCAAGGACAGCAGGGGCAGCCUCCUCCUGAUGGAUAGCCCGCUUGCCACAAGCGUCCCCUUCGGCUUCCGAGACCAGCUCGUCUGCGAGCCCUUGACACGGCGGUACAAGAGGAUCCUUCCACCCACGGGCUUGGGCUUGGACAACAGGUGCAGCUUCGUGGCAUCCUACCUCCUAGACGGCGAGGCCAGCGAGGCGGACGGCCUGAUCAGCAUGUCCAACUUCAGGGUGCUAUGCACGUUCAGCCGUGGUGUUGUCACGCAGGCCGCCAUGUUCGCUGUGAAUUCUACGUGGAGCAAGAAGAGCAUCGACCACAUAGCUCCAAGUUCUGUGCUCUCACGGUUGUUUGGUCGCGGUGGUGAUUCGUGGUACUUCUACGGUGGAGACAAUACACUGAUCAGUCUCGAUGGCUCCACUGGCGAAUUCUCUUCGUCGGUGUUGCCAGCCAUCGAAGAUUGGGAUGUCCUCAUAUUGGGAUCCCGAUGCUUUGUCACUGACGGGCGAGAUGGCAAGCCACGCAUCUUCACCGUGGUCAAGAACACCAUGAAGGUGUUUGCGAGGCUCAACGGCGGAGAGUGGACUUUGGAUAAGAGAGUUUUGCUGUCGGAAGCAACACGUCGUCUGAAGGCAUACCAGCCUUCUUCUUUCAGCCGUAGCCCAAGCAUCCUGACAAGUGGUGCGGGGCUUGUCGUCCUUUCUCCACAGUAUGGAGGGAUAUGGCCGUUCUCCAUCGAUCUUGACACCAUGGAUUCGGCUCCUGUGACACGUGACAUGGGGAAGAUGGUGUAUCGGUGCGAGCUGCCAUGGCCACCUGCUUUGCACACCUGUCUUUCAUAGUCUAUGCACUGUACUGGUAUACAUAAACACGCUUCUGUGAUUUCACAGUUUUGAUUAGCAAAUGCAGUAACUGUGCUUUGGGGCUUAGAAUUGUGCUGAUGCAUGUGCAUGAUCAGUUAUUCAGUCGGUUUGAUAGAAGUGGAAAGAUAUUGGUGGCAUUGGAUUGGCCACUGUGUAUAGAGACGAGGGUGUUUAAUCUGCAAGUGGAUGGAGACCCAGUAGCAUGACAGCUGGGAGCAGGAUGAGUUCUGUCUGCUGACUACUCUCAGGAGUGGAUUUGUCGAAGAAAGGGGUUUCUGUGGUUAUGUGAUGUUGGCGUCUCAAAUUGAGUCAAGGAUUAUAUAUGAACAUGAGUUUGCUGUAUGACUUCAUGCAUCCACUUGUCGAGUGCCUGAUCUACUAACCUUUGCAGUAGUGCUCUGUUUCGCUAGUGGAGUCGGGGGGCCAACCUGGUGUCCAAAAAUAUGUCUGAAUUUCUGUUCAGCUCUAGUAUGCAAUGCAACCAGAGAAAGCUCUUUAUUUCUGAUCGAGUGAACUGAAGAAUUCCUACUUUUGACAUGUGAGGGAGACUCUACUUUUGGAGAGAAGUGAGGAAGACAUAACGAGGCAGUGUUUAAUCUGCAAGUGGAUGGACACCCGGUAGCAGGACGGCUGGGAGCAGGAUGAGUUUUGCUGUGUGUUUGCUGAGUCUACACUCAGGAGUGGACUUGUAGAGGAAGAGGUGUGAUCUCUGCGAUUCUGUGAUGUUUGGCGUCACAAGUUGAGUAUUCUGAACAUUAGCUUGCUGUAUGGUUGCAUUUAUCUCCUUGCCGAGUAUUCUGGCUGAUGGAACUGUACCUGAUGUACUAACCUCUGCUGUAGUACUCUGUUUCGUUAGUGUGAUUGGGGGUCACCCCUGGCUGCCCAAAACUGUGUGUGUAUUUCUGUUCAACUGUUGCUACUAUGCAAUGCAACCAGAAAAGGCUCUUUAUUUCU